GGGUAUAUGUGUCUAAUUCAUUCAGAGAAUGCAUUUGCUUAUCACUGUCGUAUUAUAUUCGUCUUUCCACUUCAAAGAUGACAACUGCAAGACGAGAUAACUUGAAUAAGCGAUCAGUUCUUUCAAUUUUCCCUUAG